AUGCUGCCGGACUGGGGGUUUGCCGAGUGUUACGGAGAGGGCGGGGAAGGGAUUCAAACCGGCUCUCAUUCCUCCUUGCGUUUCCCCACAGGGAUCACAGAAGAGUACAGGCCUCCGUUCUAUGACGUGGUGCCCACUGACCCCAGUUUCGAGGACAUGAGGAAAGUUGUCUGCACCGACCAGUACAGACCCAGUGUUCCCAACAGGUGGCUCUCCGAUCCGAUUCUCUUCUCCCUGGCCAAGCUGAUGAAGGAGUCGUGGUACCAGAACCCAACAGCUCGGCUGACUGCUCUCCGCAUUAAGAAGACCCUGAGCUCCCUGGCCAAUUCAGGCAACUUGUUGCACAAACUCAAAACAGACAGCUAGCUCUUCUUAACUCAGUCCC